ACGUGUUUCUGAUUUGUCGUCAUUUCGCCUGACGAGUUCGACGAGUGUUGCGUGGCCCCCGAGUGUGAUUAACAUUUUUUCAAUCCUUGUCCCGUAUUCUCUGCUGUGCGUUUUGUAAAACACAAUUGCUUCGAUAGGCGAAAUAUUCGCAUCGCGUUAGUGGUGUAUCUCAGGUGUAGUUUUCAUAGUUGCACAGCUAGAAGAAACGUAACGACGACCAAACAACUAAAAUAUAUUUACUACGUCAGUGUUAAAAAAUUUGAGAUAGUAGGCUGUUUUUCAAUUGAUUUCACUAUUUAGAUAUAUGUUUAUUAAAAAAGGGCCAAUGUUUUCGUGACAUUAUUUGGAAGUUAUAAUGCAAUAUUAUUCAUCUGUUUCACAACCUGUGAUAAAUCAAUCAACUAUUACACUUGCGUGACGUUAAAGGUAAUUUCUGUUGGUGAUAAAAAGCCGUUCAGAUUAUCAUUAUAGUAAUAAUACAUUAAAAAUUAUAAUUAUAAAAUGGAACGAGAAUCCAACUCUAUGCAAGCACUUUGUCGAGGUGGUUGUGGUUUUUAUGGAAAUCCAUCAACAGAUGGUUUAUGUUCUCUUUGUUACAAAGAAGCAUUAAAAAAGAAACAAGCUCCACCUCAGACAGCUCCAUCACCACCUUCAGUCAAUGCUCAGACUAUGAUGGAAACUGCUAUACCUACCAUACCAGUUUUGCAAAUACCACCAGUAUCAUCUCCAAUUUUGGUACCAGACUCUAAAAAAGAUAUAGACAAUGGACUUGCGUGUAGUUCAAAUGAUAGUAGUCUUAUGGAUGAUGGUAAAAAAGAUGAUGAAGAUGAUAAAGAUAAAUCUAAAAAGAAAAACCGAUGUGCCAUGUGCCGUAAAAAAGUCGGUCUUACAGGUUUUGAAUGUCGUUGUGGAGGCCUAUUUUGUGGCAUUCAUAGAUACUCGGACAAGCAUAAUUGUUCAUUUGAUUAUAGAGAACUUGGAGCACAAGAAAUCAGACGCAACAAUCCAGUAGUCGUCGGAGAAAAAAUCCAAAAAAUUUAAUUAGGAUUAAUUUGAACAAUAGCGCAUAAGAAUAUUGAAUGUACCAUUAUUAAGUAUAUAUUUAUUAAAAAAUAAAUAUAUAUUUACUUACAUAUAUAUAUAUAUAUUUAAAUAUAUAUAAAUAAACUUCCACUGUAGUCAUGUAAUAAUGUGUACAUUCUUUAAUUAACGGUAUAGUAAUUUUAUUUUUCUAAUUCUGAUAUCGAAGCCUUACCAGUUUCGUAACACAAAUUGACACAUUUUUCCCAUUUGUCGUAAAGGAGAAUAUAUUAUAAAUUUUUAUCACUUAAGAGAGCGUAGUCGCUGUGCAAUAGAUAAAUGUAAAUAAAUCAUUAUUUUUCUUUUUAUUAUAUUCUAUAUAUAUAUAUAUUAUAAAAAAUUUUUUGUGGAAUUAAGUUGGUUAGCUUAUGAAAAAUAUUAUACCCUUUAAACAUAAAUUUUUCACUUGUUAAUUUUUUCUGCUUCUCAGUUCUUAAAAUAUUGUUGUAAAUUGUGCUCAUGUUUUUAUAUCUUAGUUGGUUAUUAGCUAUCAUAGAAAUGAUUUUAUUUUAUUUUUAUUAUCUUUAAUUAUAAACAAAAAAAACCAUAUUAAUCGUUUAAAAUAACUAAUUUAGUUGAAACCACUUAAGUGUAAAAUUAUUUUUCAAUUUACUUAUUAUUUAUAAAUAUACUAAGCGAACUAUAUUAUAUUUUUUCUGUAACUUAGAUAAUGUUCUGUAAAUUAAGGAUUUUGAGCAAAUAAUCUUGUGUAUUUAUUUACAAAACAUGUUUAGUUAGUACACAUUGAUUUUAUUAAGCUAUGUAAAUAAAGUAAAAUGAUUGAGUGUUGAGAUAUAUAUUAUCCUCUUUAUUUUCUGUAAUAUUAUGCUUGCAUUGAUAUUUUUAUGUUUAAUUAAUAACUGAUAUUAAUGAUAAAAAAAAAAGUACUUUAUAAUGUGUACAAAAUAUAAAGUUUUUUUUAUUGCA